UAUAGUUCCCAUUGUAGCAGCGUCAAUAACAGCAGAGACAACACGAAAGCGUAAUAUUUGUCCUUUCAAAGCAUGUAUUCGUAAGGAACUAUGUUUAGGCUCAGUAAGAGCAACAAGUCUGGUGGUGGUCUUGCUGGUUUCAUAGACAAAAGCAAAUGUUUAGUGAGUGGAUCGAAACGCUUCGCAGCUUCUCAACCCCAUCUAUUGCUAUGUGUUGACCUUCGAAGUCCCUUUGCUGGCACAAGUCAUAAGUUGUCAAUGUGAGGUAUGUCUCCAGAGGGUAAACCCCAAAGUUCCCCACUUGGUUUCAGCCCCAUCAGGGAGGAUCUCCCUCUGAGUCGUCGUGACCUUGACAGCAGUGAUGAACCAGAAGAGAACAGGGCGUGCACUAGUGUCCAGACAAGAGCUGAGUCUGGCCCCGAGAACUUCAAUAGAGGGAAAAGCCCCUUUCUGAAAGUCCUGAUAGAGGCAGAAGCUGCUUCCAGCGCUGCAGCAAUCCAGCUUGUGGCUUUUAAAGAUGCAGUGGACAACGAAUUUGCCAGCUCUGGGAAGUCUACCAAAGACAAAAGCAAAAUCACCCGCCAGAAAGGACUUUUGCUGGAGAAGUUGGAAGAAUUCAGGCGACUGAAUAAAUCAGUGCGACAGAAGCUAAAACAACUUCAAGAUGCAGAGGCAUAUCGAAUUGAUGCUGACAGAAAGAUGGAAACUUUACUGAAAUGGAUCAGAAACACUGAAAGCGAAAAUGAGAAUUUGAAAAAAAACCUCGAUGAGACCGAGAAGAGGAUUAGUAAACUGAUGGAUUUGCGGAAAGAUGAGCAGGAAAACAUUAAAAGCUUAGUUCACACCACCAAGUCCAUUGAAACGACUCGUGCUCACCUGCAGGGGCAGCUGCGCAACAAGGAAGCAGAGAACAAUCGCCUGACUGUACAUUUACGGACCCUGGAGAGAACUGUAGCAGAGCAGAAGUCGGAGAUUGAUCAGCUGAAGACAUCCUUUGCCUCCCUGACCAAAAAGGCUGUGAAGGACAAAGAAUAUCUGAGGAAAGCUACACAAGCACAGAAACUGAGAGCAGAGAGAUUCGAAGCUGCCAUAGAAAAGUGCAAUGCACAGCUAAAGGAAAGGGAUUCCCAACUGGCUAAAGCCCGUUUAGAAAGAGACUCCAGGAGACGGCGAAAGGAGCUGAUGACAGAUGAGAAAGAAAAACUUGUUGCUCAAAUAGACCUUAUGAAAAGUGAAUUAGCAGAGUUGACACUGAGGCUUCAGAAAGAGAGGGACGAGCUAACUGCAGAAAAUGAAAACAUGGUGCAAAGCCUCGACAAACUCAUUGCUGACAACAGGGACCUCACCAUCACUAAUGCAACGCUCAAGAUGUCCGUGGCUCACUUGAAGGAGCAGCUUGCUGAUUGUGAGUCGGCGCUCGUUGAAGAGAAGACCAUUUCGCUGGAAAAGAAAAAUGAAGCGGAACAAUGCCACUUUCAGGUCUCAGGACUCAAAGCUGAGAUUGACAGCCUUCAAAUAAAAUAUGCAAAUCUGUUGAGGGAAACAAGAACGACACAAGACGAGAAAGAAACAGAAGUUGAGAAGGUGAACCAGGAGCUGCAGGGACGCAUAGAAGAGCUGAGAGUUUACCCUGAGUUACUGGGUGAAGCCAAGCAGAGUCUCCUCCAAUGCCAGGAGAACCUGCGCAGGCUGGAGAGGCAGUGUUUGGAAAAAUCAGAGUCCGUUAAGCAACUGCAGUUUAAGAUGGAGACUCAAAAUAAACAGCUGAGGUCAUCUCUGGAGAUGAAAGAGUCUGUUCAUGAAGCCAAUUUGAAGGUACAAGAAAAAGUGAAUUCUCUCCAAAGAAAAAUUGACCAGAUGCAGCAGGAGAACCUGGAGCUGGUCCGGAAGCUGGCGGCUCAGGAUGAGGCCCUAAGCUACAGCAACCGGCAGCUGGAUCAGCGCUCCUCAGAGUGUCAAGCUCUGAAUCGGCAGCUGGAAGCUGCUUUGUCAGAUGUCAGAGAGCAGGUGAGUAAAGUAAAAACCCAGACUUCCUCCAGGGAAGAGGCUCUGCAGAAGAAAAUCCUGCAGCUUCAGGCUGAGCAGAGCAGAAGGAAUAAUGAACUGAAGCUUCUUCGUGAGAGCAAGCAAAAUGCGGAGAAACAGUUUGAGGUGCGUCUGAGGAAUCUGGAACUCAGUCUGGACCAAUCAGAGAGCCACAAACGCAGCAUUCAGAAUUACGUUGAUUUCCUCAAAAAAUCUUACAUGGCAAUUUUUGAUGAAGGGGUACAAACAUCAACGUUUGGAUCAUCAUAUUUCCUAAAAUGAUGGUUUCCAUUUUGUGUGUGUGUACACUGUAAUAUUUAUAUCAAGUGAGAGUCAAGAAGAAGACAUUUUAUUGAGAGACAAUAACUGCUGCAUGUAGUUAAUGGCGAUAAUCCCAAAUUUAUAGCAGUUUUGAUAGCUAUUUUAGCUCAGGUUAUAUUUUUAAGAAAAAGUUGUUGAAAACAAAAUCAUCUAAGUUAAUUAGGAAACUAGAAUGAUGAAUGGUAAAUAGUUUUAUACAAAAAAUGUACUUUGGAUAAUUAAUAAUUCUACAAUGUAAAAUUUGAACAAUAAUGCCUAAUGGUCAAUUUUCCUUAUAUGGCAUUGCUACAGCAAUAAGACUUCAUUUUAAUAAUUGAAGUUGUAGAAGACAUAUCUAAACUCUGCAAGCACAUUUUUGUGGCUUUAAUGACUUGUUUUGUGUUUUCUAUGGACAAUGAAUGUUAUUAAGUCUUUGUUUCAAAGAGUUGAGAGGUCAGAACCUCAAACAUUUCACUGAGGAUAAUGAAACGCUUGGCCGGGUGGAGGGGAUUUAGAAAACCAAGACUCGCUGUAUGUUGAUGGCAGGAAGUUGUCUGAAAAUACAGGGUGUUGCACAGAGAAAGCUUCCACUUCCUGUGUUUAGCAUAUUGUCUGGGUGUAGUUCAUGUGAAUUCCUGAAAUCAUCAGUUUCCUUUUUAAGGACAUGUCUUCAUAUUGAACAGAUGGUUCAAGGGACAGAUGGAUUUUCUGUUUCUAAGCUCUUCAGUCUAGCCAGUAGUCAGUUAGUUAAUGACUUCUGUUUUCUUUCUCUGAGAACCACACAAUUGGUUCUCAGUCCUGAGCUUAAAUCAUGUCAAGUAUGUAAAUUAAUUGUCAAAUCUGAUUAACUUAGGCUUGCCACAUGUGGGACAUUAUUUUAUUUAUUUUUGUCUUUGGGGAAUGGUAUAUGGAUUGUUUUUUUGUUUUUGUUUUUUUGGAAACAUGUUCCUUAAGUUACUUCUUGUCUUGUUGGAGAUCUCUGGCCUGCAUGCGCUGAUUACCAGGUAGUGUUAUCUCUCUGUGAUCUCAGCUUUAUACACAAAAAAAAUGCAUUUUAUUUCUAAGGUACACUGAAGUUUUGAAAACAAUCUAAAGAAAACCAUAUUGAUCUUCUAGAUGAAGUUGUACCUUUUUAAAAGACAAUCAAAUUUCUUUCUAAGUGCAGCUUAGUAACAUGAAAACACGAGACUUUUAUUUGAACUAAAGAUUUGCCUACUUUUAACACUCCUAAUACAUAACCAUAAAGUUAUCAGAUUGAAUCACUUCUGUUUUAGUCCCUUUUAUAGGUUGCAUGACCAGGUACUGUUUAUUAUUUUUGCAUGCUUGUAUGUUACUUUUUUGUAUGCAAUAGUCAAGUCGUAGGUGAAUGUACCAAAACAUCAGGGGCGGUUAGGAUAUUUUUAAUCCUCAUAAAUCUGCUUUUCCAAUGUCUCAAAAACAAAAACAUCUGUUUUUGCAGUGAUUUGUGAGAAGACGUAGUAUGAAUUUUCCUUUUCUUUCUCAGCUGGUAUGAGAUUAGUGAGUAAAUUAAUUUAGUUGUGAAGAUCUUAUUGCUGGUUUGCAAACACAAUUACUGAAUAACUGAAAACGUUUGGGAUGUUUCCCAAAUGUGCUUUGUAAUGACAGAGGAUUACUGUAACUAGUUUGUCUGGAUAGCAAUAAAAAUAAUUGUCUGGCUUUUUUAAAAAAAAUCUUUUACUGUCACCGUUAUUCGUCAUAAUCUCUGAAUCCUCAUAAACUAUUGUUUACGAGAUCUCUGUGUUCUUGCAAUGAUCUUUUAAAAUAAGAAAAUCUCAUUAAGAGUCUGAGGAAAACUGCACUUGUGGUUCUGUGUUGUUCAAUGCAUUAGUUUUCUUAUAGUUUGAGAAACAGCAUCAUUCUGUUGCCUUGUGAACUGGUGUGUUUGUCAGUUUUAGAAUAAUGUCACAUUAAAUAAAUGAAAAGAAGCCUUUGC